CUUAACAUCUCUGUUACGUCGUGACGUCAUUCCGUUCCAGCCCAGCCAAUCACGCCCCUCCGCUCAAGGAGCGUCACGCAGCGCCGCUCGCCCCUUCCGCGGCUGUCUUCUUCCCCGUCCAGAUACGCUUCCCUCCCGCCGGCCGCGGGACUCGAGCCGCCGACGAUGAACAGCGUCGGGGAGGCCUGCACCGACCUCAAGCGGGACUACGACCAAUGCUUCAACCGCUGGUUCGCGGAGAAGUUCCUGAAGGGCGACCGGAGCGGCGACCCGUGCGGCGAGACCUUCCGGAAGUACCAGCGGUGCGUGCAGAAGGCCAUCCAGGAGAAGGACAUCCCGAUCGACGGGGUGGACUUCAUGGGCCCCAACAAGGACAAGCCCGAGAGCUGACGAUGGAUCGCCGGAGGCGCGCGCGCCCCCCCCGAGCGGGGAAGCGUGAGCCCGCGAGGCCCACUGAGCACGCGCAGAGCCGCCGCUGACGCAAGCACCGCGCGCGCGCGUGAAUUUAAAACACUGAUGCCGGAACAGUUUGCUGUUAUUAAUCAGUUCUUUCAUAGCCGCUGGAUUUUUUGGGAUUGUUUAAGAUCGGUCAGGAAAUGAGUCUUAUUCAUUGUUCAUUGAUGAAGUCGGUUUCUUUGUUUGUAGCACAAAGAGUAUUUAGCAUGAAAUGACUCAUUUGAAGACGUUGCUGUCUAGUUUUCCUUAAUCUCUGACAUUUUAGGAGCUAAAAUAGUAACAUAGUAACUGGAAUAAAAUGAGAUCAAUUAAUAACACAAACUGCUGCCUGCAGAUGUUACUUAAGUCCCAAAUGUAUGACACUGAUAAUUGAAGUAAUAUUAAUUUAUGUAACUUUGACUGUCUUUAAGGUAUUCCAUUUGUGUGUUUUGUGGUGGAAAUUUGUAGAUUAUGUCCUUGUGAGGAAUCAAAACUAUCUUAAACUCG